CAACGUAAUUUUAAUUAUCGCUUUUUUUGUUUGGUUCUAGUUUCAGAUUUCGUUCGAUACGUGUCUGGUUUCCGUGGUUGUCGCAAGCUCAAGGUGGGAGACUACAGUUUCACCAAGAACAAGGAAAGUCACAACAAAAUCUAUUGGUCGUGCGCCAAAGCCGGCGUCAGUAAGUGCAAGGCACGUGUCCUUACCUAUAUGGUAAAGAGUGGAGAGGAAAAUCUAGUGGUUCGAUAUCCAACCCAUAAUCACGAACCGUUUUAAUGCAUGCAUGCAGACACUAUUCCCCAAUUGACCAAUAAAUAUUUUAGCAACAAUUGUAGUGAUUGAGUUUUUUACUAUGAUGGGUUAGGAAUCUUUUUCACACCCGAUGACUAAUCUACGCCAAUUGGUUAAGUUCGUUUAGUAAUUGAAGUGCUAGAACUAAAACUGUUGUUUGUUUAGUUCCAGAUAUAAAAGUUUUAAUCGAGGACGAAGAUAAUGACAAUAUGAUUGAUUCCGGCAAAGAGGUCUCGUUUACCAUUGGCCAGCGUGGAUGUCUGCUGUUGGAAAUUGAUGGAUAUAAAUACGUUAAAAACAGAAAAAGUGCCACCAAAACGUACUGGAUAUGUGCAAAGAAGGGCAGUACCGGUUGUAAAGCACGAGUUAUAACCCCAACCACCGAUGAGCCACAGGAAAGCCCCAAACUGAUUCAGAGCAGUGGAUUGCACAACCAUGCUGUGCUUGUCGAGCGUCGUGCCAGGCGUCAUUUAGAAAAAUAAAUUGAACGUUAAUUCCCAGUUUAA